UAUGCACUUGAUUUUUUAUUUAUUUAAUAUUAUUAAUAAUAAUACUGUUUUUGGCGGGGAGGGGGCAGCUAUUGCCAUUUCUUUAGACUUUCACUUCUCUUUCUCUCUGACCUCUUCAUUCGAGAUCCUUUCAUGAUUGUCUGAAAACACAAAUCGAGAAACAAUGGGAGGUCUUUGUUCCAAGAAUAAUGGACUUCCGAAGUCAAAGGUUCAAGUUAGUGUUAAUCCUUACAAAUCAAAUGCGCCAUUGGAAGAACCAGUUUUUCAGAAGAUGGAGAAGCCUGAAUCGGAGCUCAAUCCUGAUGAUUUUUAUGACGGAAUUCCGCGGUUUACUCUGAAAUCUAGAUCGGUCAGGUCUACUCAGGCAGCUGUCGCUAAGGUUUCAGAGGUGAGUUCCCGUUUAGGAAGAGCUGGUACUGUUGGACUAGGAAAGGCAAUGAAUGUCCUAGAUACGCUUGGGAGCAGCAUGACCAAUUUGAACCCUCAGAGUGGAUUUCUUUCUGGAGUGGGAACUAAAAGCAAUGAACUCACGAUAUUAGCUUUUGAGGUUGCAAAUACAAUUGUUAAAGGAUCCAAUCUUAUGCAAUCUCUUUCUAAAAGCAGUAUAAGGGAGUUGAAAGAAGUGGUGCUUCUUUCAAAAGGUGUACAAAAUCUAGUGUCAAAAGAUAUGGAGGAACUCCUGAACAUUGUUGCUGCUGACAAGAGGGAAGAGUUGAAAAUUUUUACUGGAGAAGUGGUUCGUUUUGGAAAUCGUACUAAAGAUCCUCAGUGGCACAACUUGAACCGUUAUUUUGAGAAAAUUAGCCGAGAGCUCAUCCCACAAACCCAACUACAGGAAGAGGCAGAGUUGGUGAUGGAGCAAUUGAUGACUUUGGUUCAGAAUACAGCUGAACUGUACCAUGAAUUACAAGUUUUGGAUAGAUUUGAACAAGACUAUCAGCGUAAGCGUCAGGAGGAGGAUAAUUCAGGGGACAACUUUGCAAUAUGGGGGGCAGAAUUAAAGAGCCAAAGAAAGCUAGUGAAAAGUUUAAAGAAAAAGUCUCUUUGGUCGAGAAAUCUGGAAGAGGUGAUGGAGAAGCUUGUAGAUAUUGUCCAUUUCUUACUUCUUGAGAUGCACAAUGCCUUUGGCAGUACUGAUGCUGAUCAUAGUCCAUUUAAAGGAUCUAUAAACAUACAUCAAAGACUGGGACCUGCUGGCCUUGCUUUGCAUUAUGCGAAUAUAGUUAUGCAAAUUGAUACUCUUGUUGCACGAUCGAGCUCUAUGCCCCCAAAUACAAGAGAUGCUUUAUACCAGAGUUUACCACCAAGCAUAAAAUCAGCUCUACGCUACAAAGUACAAUCUUUAUCAGUCAAAGACGAGCUCACUGUUACAGAAAUCAAAGAUGAGAUGGAGAAGACUUUGCAGUGGCUUGUUCCAAUUGCCACUAACACAGCCAAAGCCCAUCAUGGAUUCGGCUGGGUUGGCGAAUGGGCUAAUACAGGGUCUGAUGGCAACCGGAAGUCUGCUGCUGGGACUACUGAUGUGAUUCGCAUUGAGACACUCCACCAUGCUGACAAGGGGAAAACAGAAGCCUAUAUUCUUGAUUUAGUAUUGUGGCUUCACCAUCUAGUCAACAGGGUUAAGAUUGGGGCCACCGUUGGUGGCAUAAAGUCACCCAUCAAGUAUCCAGUUGCGACACCCCUGCAAAAUGCAAAUAAGCAGACCAAAGAUGAGACCGCCAGUUCCCCGUUACUAACCCCGGAAGACCAGGAGAUCUUAGAGAAUGUAAGUAAAAGAAGAAGAAUCCGAGGAACAAGUAAAAGCCACGACUUUGACCGGAUAAAGUUGAAAAAAUAUGAUAGGCUGAGCAAGAGCAGUGGCCACUCCUUGCAAAGCGGAAAUAAGGAAUUAGUCGCCAUAAAGAGGCAUCCUUCUCAUCUUCCCAUAAUUUCAUUUGGUAUAGAGAAGGAAAAGGUACUGGAUGUCAUUGACAGAGUUGAUGAGCUUAGAUAAUCUAAAGAAUUGAAAUAUACAGAGACAAGACAAAAAGUGCCAGAGUAAUAUGACAACAUUAUGGGAAAAGAAAAAGUAUUAAGGAAUGUUAGUAACACUAUUUGUUAUUCUAUUUUUAACACGUGUAUAAAAGAUAAAUAAUAAUAAGUUGGUAAUAUAUUAUUCUUUUGUAUUUGUGUCAUAAGUGUUUCUUUGGGGCACUGGCAGUCGAUGGAAAUGGGGUGUAUGUGUAAGUUUUUAAGAUAAUUUCUUGUAAGUUUAUCUUUGUGUAAUUUGUUUUGACGUGGUUAUUUGAUUAUAUUCAACAAUUCUUUUUGUUGUCUUUUA